AUGAUGAACGCUCAAGAAUGGUUAGAUCAAACUUAUCAAAAAGAAAAUCGAAAAGAAAUUGAAUCAAUAAAACAUGAUGAUACUAAGGAGUUAAGUGGAAAGUUGCUAUUGGAUGAUUUUCAUAAGCUUGUAGAAUUGGAUUUGUCUCAUCAUAAUUUAACAAAGUUAGAUAUAAGUGAUUGUUAUGAAUUAAGAAAAAUAGUUAUUGACCAUAACAGUCUUACUAGAUUACUAAAUUAUCCUAGAGAUUUAGUUAAUCCCGAAAAAUUAACUUAUUUAAAUAUAAUGAAUAAUAAUUUCGAUAAAAUAGAUUUAAACCACUUUAGCAGAUUUAUCAAUUUAGAAACUUUAUUUAUAGGAACUGAUGACAGGGGCAAAAUAGAACAAGGUUUUUAUAAUCGUUUUUACGGUCAUCUAAGAUCUCUAAAGCAUCUGACUAAAUUAAAGGCCUUGGACAUUUGCGGUACUGAUAUUAGUAAAGGUUUAUGUCAUUUACCAGAUAGUUUAAAAGAUUUUUUUUGCGAAGUUUAUCGAUCUGAAGCCAAGGUAGCAAAGAUUAAAAGGAAACUUGAGCCUUUUGAGGGAGAUGUUAUAAAGUAUAAGGAAGAUAAAUUGAAAAAAGUACCACAAAAAAAAUUAGCAGAAAUCAAUGGGAUAGAAGUGCAAGAACAAUCUGUAGAAAUUAACAACUUGUUAAUAGUGGGGCGCACUGGUAAUGGUAAAUCAGCACUUGCAAAUGUAUUGAGUGGUACAAAUAAGUUUAAAGAAAGUGAAAAAUCAGUUAGUGAGACUAAAAACUUUCUAGAUGAGGAAUUUACACAUAAUGAAAAAAGAUAUCGAGUGGUUGAUACAAUAGGAAUGGGUGAUACUAGAUUAUCUAAAAAACAAGUCUUAAUAAGAAUAGCCGAAGCUGUCUAUACUAUGAAAGAAGGAAUAAAUCAAAUUUUGUUUGUUGUAGGAAGAAGAUUCACUAAAGAAGAAAUAGAAGCUUUUGAGUUACUAAAAAAAGUUAUUUUUGAAAGUAAUAUUAUCAAGCAUACUACUAUAGUAAGAACAAAUUUUACUAAUUUUAGGAAUCCCGAUAAAUGUAAAAUUGAUCGUCAAGAAUUAGUUGGAGACAGUAAAUUUCUUGCUGAACUAAUAAACUCAUGCAAUGGAAUUAUUUACGUUGAUAAUCCUUCUGUUGAAGUUGAGUGUGAGCGACGUCUACUUUUAAACAAAGAAGAUAGAGAAUUUUCAAGAAAUAAAAUACUAACGCACUUAGAGGGUUUUCAAGGAAACUAUAAACCGUAUUUGAAAACUUGGGACCAGCUUUAUCUAAAGAUUCGUAACUAUAUAAAAAUAAAGCAUGAUUUAGAAGAAGCUCUAAAAAGCUCAAAUAUUUCUUCUGAGGAGAUCGAUAAGUUAAAAGCAAAAAUAGAAAAAUUAGAAUCAAAAGUUGUUGGAGAAACAGAAUUACGGUGUGAUGUGGAAAUACCUUGCUUUGCUAAAAUAAAAAUAAAUUUUAGAAGCUUGAAUGACUAA